AAUCAAUCCGUGCCAUUUGGUUCUCAUCGGUUCCUGGGCAAGCUGAUGUCAGAGCGGCUGAGGGAUCGACACGAAGCGUCCAUGGAUGCCGAUCUGGACCUGCAGACGGAGAAGUCCGCGGAACGCUUGCUGAAAGCAUCUGCAGGUGCCUUCAGCAGCACGGAGGAAGCCAGGCAGUGCUGGAACAGCUUGGAGCAGGCCGAGCUCAGGAAGAGCCGCCUGCAGGCCGAGCUGCGGUCCCUUCAGUCGCAGCAGCGGCAGCAUCAAACCCGUAUCCAUGCCUUUGUCAAAGAGGAACAGCGCGAGAAGGCGCUGACGGAGCGGCUGCUGCAGCUGCAGCAUGCGGAAAUGCAGCUGGGUCUUCCGCACAUCGACAUCGACCACCGAAGUGGCAUUUGUUACCUGGGAGAUCCGCCUGCCACUGGCGAAGUCCCCCAGAGAGAUGGCGAUGGCGAGACGGAGGCACUUCGCUCCAUCAAGGUGGAGUUUGAUGAGGAAGGAACUCUUCUCCAUGCGGAGCCGCAUCCCUCGCUGGGCCUAGAGAAUUGUGCAGCACAAGCCGUUGCACAGCAGGACUUCGCCAUUCUGCCGACGAUGGUGUGGAAUCAUCUCUGCGACGCUGGCAAGAUCGGGUCCAGCCCAGAGGACGCAUUGAGCCCCUUGCAGCCCAUGCAGGGCGCUCGGGGAGGUGCCUGAAGCGUAGUGCGGUGAAGCGACCAAUUCAGAUUAAUUCAAGGCCAAGGUACGGUGGAUGCUGGUGGAAUAUUGAUGUUAGC